AUGGCAGUAUCCAGGGAACUUGCUGAAGUCCAGAGACUUGUAGCAGCCGAGGCAGCAGGCGACAAGAAUGCACAUGGCGAACUUUUGAGAGCAAUCCGUCAGUUACAGCUAGCGGUAGAAACACCCGUAGAGACGACCUCUCGGUUCAAUUUCCAGAUCAUGCAGAAUAUCUCGAUACGUGUCGCCAUCGAGAAACAAUUUCUUCAUAUUAUCGCAGCCCGAGAUGGCGCGCCUAUCACUGCGUCUGAGAUUGCAAGCAAGACUGGAGAGAAUCUAUUGCUUAUAGUGCGUGUCAUGCGCGUCCUGACAGCCAUUGGUCUCUGUGAUGAGGUGGGUAAUGAGACCUACGCCGCCAAUGAGAAAACACAUUUCAAGAUUUUGCCCGGAUCUAUAGCUGCUGAGAAGCAUCAGUAUGGUGGUAGACUUGUCGAGUACAUGAGAGGUCCCGGCAUCCAGCAAUUCGUCGAUGAGCCCGGAGCAAUUACCCUGUUCAAAUAUGCACAUGGCACCGAUGUCAUCUUCGGGCUAUUAGAGAAGAACCCUGAGCAGAAGCAGGCAUUUGAUGACUACAUGGCAUCACGCCGAGUGGCCAAUUUGCCCCAAUGGUUCGAGAUAUAUCCCGCUGUGGAGAAGUUUUCCGAUGCCCAUCAAGAUCCCAACGCUACCUUAAUGGUUGAUGUUGGCGGAGGGCCAGGCCAGGAGCUGAUCCGCUUUAAAGAGAGACACCCGGAUAUUCCCGGUCGUCUUGUGCUUCAGGACCUGCCGUUAACUCUUCAACGCAUUGAGAAAUUGCCCGAUGGCAUUGAGCCGAUGGAAUACGACUUCUUUACUCCGCAGCCGGUGAAAGGAGCUCGUGCAUAUUUCCUCCGCGAUGUGCUGCAUAACUGGUCUGAUGCCAAGAGCACCCAAAUCCUAUCGCGGAUUGUUGAAGCUAUGGACCCUGAGUAUUCGACCUUAUUGAUUGAUGAUUAUGUCCUGCCGGACACUGGGGCGGAACUUAGGGCUGCAGAAAUGGACAUUCUCAUGUGGCUUCACACUGCCGGGUUGGAGCGUACAGUUUCUCAGUGGGAAAGCCUGUUCCGUACUGUUGGCCUAGAACUCGUGAAAAUAUGGCAUUCAGUAAGGGGAAAUGAGUCGGUCCUGGAGACUCGGGUCCAGCGGAAGUAG